AUGCAAAAUGUGCAAAAGCCUUAGGAAAAGGAACUGUGUGCUCUAGUUCUGGCAAAACAGUGAAUAAUUGCAUUUAUGCUUGCCAUUCUGAUAACGAUUGCGUAAAAAGUUUAGGAAGCAAGUGUGAUAAAGGUGUGAGCCCGCAUUGGCUGUGUACAUGCGAUGUUCAAAAUGGUAAUGCUGAUUGUUAUGAAACUGGUACGGGCUUUUGCAAUGCUAAUGACAACCAUUGUAUGAGCGAUACACUGAACAGCAACGAUAAUA